AUGCGUGCCACCACUAAUAAUGAGGACUUGACGAGCUCAGAGCUGGAGCUUUCGUCGCUCUCUUCGUCGGACUCUUUCGAGCCCAAGGCGUUUGAAGGCAAGCCGGUUGAAAUCAAGCGUCCCGCAAUUAAGAAGGUCACAUCGGCAGCAUCGGCGGGCCCCCACAAAGACAUGGCCUCGGUAAAGAGCAACGGGACUUUUGAACCAGAAGACUCGCAGGACGUAGAGAAAGUUGUUACACACAACGUUACUGAGGGACGUUCCGAGACUGUCGACUCGCUGAAAAAGGAAGGUUUGGAUCUUCACAAAAAAGCGGCUCCUGAUUUCAUUAAUCCAGACGCAGACCCAGAGAACUGCGAGUUUCCAGAGGAGUACAACCUCGAGACUGACACUGGUCUUGUGAAAGCGGUUACUUUACAACAGCUUAACAGACUAGACAGUCGAACGUCCGCACGCAGCAAUGUUUCUCAGAAAAAGUCUUUGCGGUCAUCGUUGGCUUCAUUAGAACUUCCAGACUCUCAUAGUCUCAAGAGUAAUAACAACUCGGGCCUAGAUGCAGAAAAGUUGCGCAGAGCGGUUGAGAAGAACCAGAAGCAGAUAGAUAAAUACAAGAAACGCAGAAGUGCUCAUGGACUCACGGGCAUACUAGGUAAGCUAUUUAAAUGA